AUGUUGUUCUGUAGUUUUGUAGUGUUGUUCACGUAUUUUUCCUUCACUGUGUCAUCGAAGGAAUCAUAUUAUAAAGAGAAUGUUUAUAGUACAUUUGAUGAAAUGCUGAAUUCUUCAAAUCCAGAACAACAAGAAGUGGUUCGAGUGACGGGGAAGCCAAAGCCAGAGACUUCAAGUGAAGAGUCAUUAGAAGAGUACGAUCACCAUCAAAUUGGCAAAGUUUUUCUGUGUGAAGAGCCGAUGUUUCAAAAAUUUACAGCAGCAAAAUACAUAAAUUUUGCCAAUACUCAUAUACUUAGUCUCAGCACGGAUUGUUUCUCCGGAAUGAAUGCUCUAAUGAGAAUAGACCUUCGGCGAAAUCACUUAACAGCAAUUGAUAUUAAGACUUUUCGGACAUCUGACGAGAUGAAAGUUCAUACGUUGUUUUUGGGAAAAAAUUUCUUAACACAGAUCGAGUUUAGCGACUACACAUUGCCUGAUCUGGUGAAUUUUGACUUGUCUAGCAACCGAAUAAGGACAGUGAGAUUUACUACAAAAAAUUUACCAGAAAUAUUGGCUCUCGAUAUGCAGAACAAUCACAUCUUUCAGUUCAAUAUUGAAAGUGAGACACUGAUGCGUUUAAACUUCGAUGGAAACAGGAUUAUAUCAUUCGAGGGAUCGAGUUUGGACACUCCGGAAUUAACAUCUAUCAGCCUUAAGGACAAUCAACUGAUCACAGUGACAGCAGAUAUGUUUGUAUCGAGUCCAAAACUGAUGGAAAUCGGCCUCGCUCGGAACCUCAUGGACUCCAUCGACUUGAGAGAUUUGAAAGAUCUCGAAAAGGUGAAUCUAAUUAGCUCCAGCAUAAGAACGCUGAGUGAUGUCAAAUUACCGGAAUCCAAUAGGAUUCACCUGACACUUGAUUUCAACAAAAUACUGUACUUGGAAAGUAGAGGAACAAUGCGCAAUGCUGAGUAUUUCUCCUGUAUAUUCUGUAAUAUUCGCAUCAUCGAUUCAUUCUUCAUAGCAGACAUCUUUAAGAAUAUUCAGGACUUAAGACUUACGAACAAUUUUAUAACUACAACAAACAUCUUCGAUGCUUCUGAAGAUUUGGAACUACGGAAAAUAAAUUUGAUGUACAAUAAGAUAAGGAAAAUCGGCGCAAAUGACUUCAUACGACUUACUAAAGUGGUUUAUUUGAAUUUGAUGUACAAUGACAUUAGCACGGUAUCUGAAGGAGCUUUCAAUCGAAUGACGAAUCUAUCAGAAUUAAAUUUGUCAAAUAAUCUGAUAUUUCAACUGCCCAGAAAUGCCUUUGAAUCCACAAGGUUAAAGUUUUUAUCCCUCGAUCACAACAACAUGCCAUUCUUCCGGAUUCCUGGAUGGCAAGAAGAAACUGGACAGAUUCUCAGCAGCAACAGUCCUCUGAAUAAGCUGAUAAUUCUGUCUUUCACAAACAACCCUCUUCAGUGCCAAUGUCUGGAUUUGAUUCGCAAAUGGACUAAAGAUAGUAAAAUUUACCUUUUCAUAGAGGAAAUGAGUACUAGAAUGGGAAUAAAACCAUCGUGCAUUGUGAAUGAUCGAGGAUGUAGAACAGAUGUGGGAAAGGAGUUCGUCAAAGACUAUUGGCACUAUUUUAAUGAUAAGAAAGUCGUGGACAUUUUUCUGGAAGAAGAAUAUGAAUAAACAAUAUGAGACGUUUUUCUUCAA